GCAAUGCAGACGACAAAAUGUUGCAGCCGAUAAUGCACGUGUUGUCCAAGCAACGAAUUAUUCUUGCUAGCAGCUCCCCGAGAAGAAAGGAAAUCCUUGAAAACAUUGGCCUGAAGCUAGAGGUGAUCCCAUCCACAUUUGAUGAGAACCUGGACAAGUCUUCCUUCGCUCACAGUCUUGACUAUGUGAAGGAGACGGCGAGGAGAAAAACUAUUGAGGUUGUGGAGAGACUCAAGAAUGCUGAGGUUCCUCCAGAUCUUGUGAUAGGAGCAGACACCGUUGUGACUAUGGAUGAUGUCAUCUAUGAGAAACCUAAAGACAAAGAUGAUGCAUUUCGAAUGCUCUCUCGCUUCAGUGGAGGGAGUCACUCAGUCCAUACAGCUGUCUGCUUGGUCUUUCCCAAACUGAAGACGAACACUCAUCCGUAUACACUGAAGUUAUUCCAUGAGAGUACAGACGUUUUGUUUGAUGAACUGUCUCCGGAGGUUAUAAGAGGUUACAUCGAUACGGGAGAACCCAUGGACAAGGCUGGCAGUUAUGGCAUCCAAAGCCUUGGAGGAACUCUCGUCAAAGGCAUCGUGGGGGACUACUACAAUGUAAUGGGAUUCCCAUUACAUAAGUUUUCCAGUGAAUUAUGCACAAUGUACAGAAAAUGAAAACAUAUCGGGAACUGAAAUCUCAAGGUGACGACAGACUUAUGGACUUCAUUGUGACAGAAAAAACUGAAGAGUGAAAGGAGCCGAGAGACACCUUUUAGCCGUGUUGGACAAGGGAUUCCGACAAGCCUAUUCUAGCCAAUAACUGGCAUGUGCAACCUGACGAGCUAGUGUGAAAACACCUGAAGACAGGCCUAGCCUACUCAUUGCAUAGAACACUUAGUGCACCACUAUUCCAGGGCCUGACACCAUCACAUAUAUACAUGCAAAUGUAAGAAAACUUCACCAUCGCAAGGAAUAGGAUUUCGAUGAGGAAAUACAUCGUAUGUAUUAAGGUGGUUAAUUCUGGAGUAUGUAUGCAUUGGAAACGAGUAUGUGGAAGCAAGCUUUAUAUACGUUUUAAGCUUUAAUACACUUGUGAGACACA